UGGUGGAUGUGGUGCGCAGCUUCGAUUUCCGCAAAGAAAAGGCCUGGCUGCAGUCUGUUAUCAACGAGGGCAACUACAAAGUGGUAUUCUGCCACAAUGACAUGCAGGAGGGCAAUAUACUUUACUCCAAUUCCAACAACAGCGAUAAGACUAACGGAGCGAGUGACUCUCUGAUAAGCGCUGAAGACGAGCUGCAAACCCAGUAUACACAAAUCCGUAAUGACGAUGAACCAGAUUUACAAAUUAUUGACUUCGAAUAUUGCGCUUACAAUUAUCGCGGUUUCGAUCUUGCCAAUCAUUUUAUAGAAUGGACCUUCGACUAUAGUAACCCUGCGGCGCCAUUUUAUUACCACCGCAAACAACACUAUCCCAGCACGGAACAACGUCAGCGAUUUUAUAGCUCAUAUUUGCGCAAGUUGCAUGAGGAUUUGCCGGGUUAUACGCCGACAGCGCGGGAACUCAGUGACAUGGAUGCUGAGGUGCGUGUCUUCUCCAUGUUCUCGCAUCUCUUCUGGAGCGUGUGGAGUGCGGUGAUGACGCUGGCCACUAUCGAGUUCGGCUAUUGGGAGUACGGCGUCACACGUAUACGUGAAUAUCAGCUGCUGAAAGAAACCUAUGAGCGUGAGACCGCAGCGGAAUCGUGAUAAUCGUCCAGUUUUAAGUUUUACAUAUUCUUUGUUUGUUAAGUAGCGCUCAGUUCGAGUCUAGAACAUAACUCUAAGUGGUGUUGUGGCGCGUUUUGUGCCGUUAUUUGUUUGAAUUGUACUUACGAAUUUAGAUAUCGGUAAAUAAUUGCGAACAAAUUUGUAGCGCAUACAUAUGUAUAUAUUUUUUAAGCGAAAACAUGGUUAUAAAUAUUAUAAAUAUGUACGUAUAUUUUCUUCCUAAGUCAAAACAUGCACACAUACAUUCAUACAUGCAUUAACAGAAUUUCCUUAUACAUUUAGAAAAACACAAAUACAAAUAAACAAAUUAUA